UUGCAAACUUCAUCCACGUUUAGAUUUCUCAUACCAUUAAAUGUCAAAACCAAGGUGGACGGUAAAAAGUUAACUGUUGUUGCUGAAGCAAUCGAGAAGAUUAACCCUCCUUUGGAAAAGGGCAAGAAGAGAUUAAAGAACGGUACAGAUGUCGAUGGAAAUCUUCAAAAACAGUCGCACCAAAAGAAAAAUAAACACCGAAUCACCCACACCUCAACUAACGUAGAAAUUUCAAGCGAUGAAGAAACUCUACAAACAAUGAAGAAGAAGUACGUCAAGAAAAUGUCGGCUCCAAGAAACACAAAAACCAAGAAAUUGGUUGAAAUAAAAAAGGAGAAGCCA